AUGUGGAGGAGAGACCUCGCUGUGAUGAUCCGUGGCAUUAUCCGAUUUCGAUUGAACAAUACCAGGGUUGAAAUUACUGCAAGAAAUCUGAUCUCGUUGUUGAAUUGGAAUCAAAUGAUCGGCCGAAACGGAUCUACCGAACAAUCAUGGUUCUCAUCCUCUUCCUCCUCUCUCUCUGUCGCCGCCACAAAUCCAACCUCAGUCCGCCAAUCUCGAAGUAAAUCCAGGAGAUCGUCCACGAUCACCGCCCAAUCCAAAUCGACAUGGGGAAGGUUGAGCCUCAAGCAGCUGCUGCAGGGCUCCAAUCUCAAUGACUUCCACGCCAAUGUUGUUCCGCCUGUCCCCACAACCUUACUUCUAAUCUUCCAUGGUUAUGGAGUCCUUCAAGCGCUGGGAUCAUUCUUGUCUUUACUAGGAUGCACAAGGCUGCCUUACUCGAGACCAAGCGACCCACUGGAUGGCAGUGCAAGCUAUUGUCUGAGCUGGAGGCUGGGCGUGGAGGCAAACAACGUAGGUGCAUGGCGCACUGUGCCAACUCAGUGCUUGCAAUACAUCGAGAAUUACAUGACUGGCAGCCAAUACCACCAUGAUCUCAAUUUCAUCGUGGAACAGAUCACUAGUUAUGUCAAUGCUAUAGAUCUCUCUGCUGAUGGCUUGGAUGCUUGGAUCUUUGACGUUGAUGACACUUGCAUCUCCAAUCUCUUUUACUAUCGAGAAAAGCGAUUCGGGUGUGAUCCAUAUGAUCCAGAGGCAUUUAAGGCGUGGGCACUGAGAGGAGGGUGCACAGCGAUACCUGCAGUUUUAAAAUUGUUUAACAAAUUGAUAGAAAGCGGAUUUAAGGUGUUCCUUGUUACGGGUAGAGAUGAAGCUACUCUUGGCCAAGCUACCAUUGACAAUUUGCAGAAUCAGGGAUUCAUUGGUUAUGAAAGAUUGAUUUUGAGAACUAGGGCGUACAAGGGGCAAAGCGCAGUGGUAUACAAGUCUGAAAUUCGAAAGCAAUUGGAAGGAGAAGGUUAUAGGAUAUGGGGGAAUGUGGGAGACCAGUGGAGUGACCUUCAAGGGGAUUGUAUCGGCAAUCGAACUUUCAAACUUCCCAAUCCCAUGUAUUUUGUUCCUUGAUUCACAGCAAUAAACAAACGCACAAAUAAUAACAACAACAAUACAAAAAUUCAAUGUA